AUGACGAGGAUACUGAUUUUGCUUGCCACAUUUGCCACAACAUCUUUCGCCUGCCUCCCAGGUUUGGGCCUUGGUGGAGCUGGAGGCGGCGCGUGCUGUCCACCAGCUCAGCCAGCCUGCGGAAAUCCAUGUGGUGGAGGAGGUGCGGCAGCGGCUCCACCUCCAGUAUAUGCAGCUGCUCCAUUGGCGGCUGCACCAUUCGCCGGAUACCCACAGAUUCCACAAGUUCAAGCUCCGCCAGCUCCACAGUUCUUCCCACAACAACAACAACUGCCGAUUGGAGGAGGAGGCUAUCAAGCUCCACAACAAGGAUUCCAGCAAGGACCACAACAAAUCGGCGGCGGAUUCCAAGGUCCUCAGGGACAACAACAACAACAACAACAACAAGGCGGCUCCUAUGACCAGCCACAACAAACAGGCGAACCGGUACAGCCGCUGCCAUUGCUUGGACAACCCGUGGAAAUGCAGGCUCCAGCUGUUGUCCCACAAACAGCGCAGCAACAGGUUUUGAGCACCAGUCAGGUUAUUACGAAAGUUAUGCCAGCUAGCGCUGUUCUCGAUGAGCAGUUUGUUCAGCCAUCUGCCGCCUCGAAUGUUGUUUCGACAUUGACACAAUCUGGAUAUGGAGAUGAGCAACAAUCUUCGGCGCCAGCCAUCUCUUCUCAAGAGCAUGUUCCAAGUCAUCAGGUGCGCGUUCCAGUCUCCCAGACGUCUGUCGAAGUCGCUGAUCGUGUCGCACCGGAUGCGACUCUAGUGAAGACGGUUCCAAACACUUAUGAGGAUCUCAACAGAUCUACUGGAGGGCACUUGCAACAGAUCCAAAUUGACCUUCCACAUGUUGACACUCAGCAGCCUCAGCAGCCACAAAUUCAGACUGUCCAGGAGCAAGUCGAUGUUCAGCAACCACAACCAACUGGAGGAUCGUUCCAACAACAACAACAUGCUGAAGUUCAGCAACCACAGCAAUCUGGAGGAGGAUAUCAAGCUCCUGAAGCUCAGACUGGAGGAUCGUUCCAACAGCAAGUUGAUGUUCAGCAGCCACAAAACACAUUCCAAUCGCAAGUCGAGACCCAACAGCCACAAACGGGAGGAUCGACGUUCCAGCAGCAAGUUGAGACACAACAACCCGAAGUGGGAGGAGGAUAUCAGACCAACGCACAGGAGACCCAAACCGGAGGGUCAUUCCAGCAACAAGUUGAAACCCAGCAACCACAGGACAAUUUCCACCAGCAGCAGGUCGAUACGCAACAACCACAAAACAAUUUCCAGCAGCAGAUUGAGACCCAGCAGCCACAGGGUAACUUCCAGCAGCAAGUUGAAACUCAUCAGCCGCAAACUGGAGGAAGUCAGGAACAAGUUGAAACUCAACAGCCACAAACUGCAGGAAGUCAGCAGCACGUUGAUAUUCAACAACCCCAAGCCGCUGGAUCUUAUGUUCAUCAUGUAGAAACUGAGCAGCCACAAGUUGGAGGAGGAUAUCAGAGCAACAACCAGGAAGGACCGACUGAAACUCAACAACCACAGACUUCUGGAUCGUACGUUCACCAUGCUGAGACAGAACAACCACAAGUUGGAGGUGGAUACCAGAGCAACAGUCAUGAAGGAUUCCAGCAGCCACAAGAACAAAUCACGUCGGUUGAACAGACCGGAACUAACUAUCACCAGGAGGUCCCAAGCAGCGAACAGGCUACUGUCAACGAGCUCCUCUCAACUCUCGAUGAAGUCACCCCACAAACGCAGACCAACAAUGGAAAUCUUGAUUUCAACCAAGUCACUGUGUCUACUGCUCAGCCAGUUUCAUCAGAAUCUUCGCAAAUCAUUGAAGAGACCCGUGGAGACGAUUACGAUUCGGAGCCAUUGAACGAGGAUCGUAAGGACGUUCCACAUGUCGAUGUUGCCGAAAAUGUUGCCACAAGCAGCUACGCCCCAAUUCAGCCAGUGCCUGAGGAAGCUGCACCAAUUGUCCCACAAGUCCCAAUCCAGCCAAUCGCCCCAGCCAUUCAGGAGAUGCACUACCAACCGCAACCAACCGCUGUCAGAGUCGAGGAGACCACUAUCAAUGCCUACGUCACAUCGCCGGCGCCCGAGCUCCCAUUGGAUAGUGAGACGCCAAUCGAGGUCCAUCCACUUCCAGCUGUCAUCGUCGCCGAAACCACCGUAGUUACUCCAGUGGAGACGAACACCUACGGCACCGCCGAAGGGGCGCAAGUCUCGCAGUUCUUUGAGAAUAUCACCUCGCAAAAAGAAACCGUCGUCCCCGAGAUUCAAGAAGGCAACGAAUUCGAGCAGACUACUGUAACUCCAUCUGAGACACUUUCUGGAGGAGAAUAUGGCAGCAAAUUCGCUAAGGUUCGAGCCGCUGAAACGAAACAAGUUGAGAAGCCAAUCGAAAUCGAGGAGAUCGCCGAGAAUCCAUAUCGCCGAUUCUUCAUUGUUUAA